AUAUUCAACGCAUUCAAGUAAAAAGUCAUAUCUCAAAUCUGAAUAUAAUGGACAUGUCAUUAGAAUUUUUUUUUCUGUUUCUAUUUCAUCUAGUUCACAGUAUCUACAAAGUCUAGCGGAGUAGGCGGCCUGGAGUAACGCCCGGUCUCCAGGGCUAGCGGCAACGAGCCAGCGCGAAACACUGCCAUGCAUCGUCUCUGAUAUUUUGGAAUGUUUAUUCUGGUAUAAUGUUUCAACAUUAACAUUGUCCUUAUAAAGUCGAUAGGUGGCGAAUUUCAAAGAUAAACAUCCAGGAUAUGCUAUUAUUUGUAUGGCUGUUGUUAAUAAUGCCAUUGUGCAUGUUGUAUCAACUGAGGCAGACAAAACUCCAGAUCAGGCUGCAGACAAUAAUAUUGUAUCAAUACCAUACUCUUCUGUGCUGGAAACUAACGUCUAUGAUUUGCAUGUUGGCAUCAUGAGAUCGCUGAUAUCCAAAUCAGCUAAACCAAUCACUUCUCUAUCUAUAUAUAAAUGGUACUGAAGAAGAAUGUGUAGAAACUGUCAACCAUGAUCCAAUAGAGCCUUAGAAAAUAUGAGAAGGGGACAAGGAAAUGCAGGAGACCGAUAAAGAACAAGGGGGCAUAAUUUUUCAAGACAGGACAGGAGAAAGGGCAAGAACCAGAGGGUUAGAUGGAAGGAUAGAUCGUGAUCUUGAAGGGAAUUUGGUAAUACCCUAAGAUGAUGUUGUGAAGCUGUUACCUCAUCAUAUAGCCGAAUGUUUAUUCAGAAGGUAAAAAGACUGUAUACCACUUUCCAUAGGGGAAUGAACAGCUUACCAGUUCACAGCAAAUGAAAGUUGCAUUUAUAAUGCAGUGUCCAUUAUCCUCUAUAGAAAUGAAGAUACGGCUGUGGUACUGAAGCUGGCUGAAGUGUUGAAAUGGUGGAUAAUAUGGUAUCAUUUCCAAAAUAUAUUGUAGAAGAAUUCAAAGAGAAAACUGACCUGUGGGUUAAAUCUACCCUGCAGCAGGUGAUUACAGCCUCAACAGCAGAGGAAGUAGAGUAUGGAUGCAGAAAAGAGCUGGUCUCGACUAUUCAAUAUCCAUACAGGGACCCGAACUGUUUCCCAUUGUUGUUUCCCAUUGUUUUCAUGUCCAAUACAACAGCACUGCAAAAAAUACCAGCAGUACAGCAGCUGAUCGUGCCACCAUUAACAUUCUCAGCUAGACUAUCAUCUUUACACUUGGUUUUGAUGCCUACCAAGCCAAGACAUAUCAUUGAAUACUACACAAAUUUGCAGGUUAAAGACCUGGAUAUGGAUUUCGAUGUUUAUAUACAAGUUCUAUGUUAAAAAGAAGAAGUAAACAAGCUUAUGGCUGAACUGGUUCUCACGAGACAUAAACCAGCUGACCACUGUCAAUCAUCUCAUGUUGACAACUUUAUAUCAUUCCAUGUUGAUCACUGCAUAUCAUUGUGACAUCCAUUUUCAUUUUUUUCUUCUUCAAAAAACGUUUAUCUGUAGAUAUUUGUUGCAAAACCUGUUGACUAAAUCUAUAUUUAAAGUGGCAACCCAUAUAUUUAAAAAAAAUUUAUGACAUAUAAUCUCUUAUAUCAACUUUUUAGCUCACCUGGCCUAAAGGGCCAAUUGAGCUUUUCUCAUCACUUGUAGUCUGUCGUCAUUAACUUUAAUAAAAAUCUUUCCCUCUAAAACUACUGGGCAAAAUUUAACCAAACUUAGGCACAACCAUCAUUGGGUUAUCUAGUUUCAAAAAUGUGUCUGGUGACAGGACAAACCAAACGGAUGGCCGCCACUGCUAAAGAUAGAACAUAGGGGUAAAAUGUAGAUUUUAACUUGUAUUUCUGAAACCAAAGCAUGUAGAGCAAAUCUGAAAAGGGGUAAAAUUGUUUAUCAGAUUAAGAUCUAUCUGCUAAGAAAUUUUCAGAUGAAGCAGACAACCCUUUGUUGGGUUGCUGCCCCUGAAUUGGUAAUUUUAAGGAAAUUUUUCCGUUUUUGGUUAUUAUCUUGAAUAUUAUUAUAGAUAGAGAUAAACUGUAAACAGCAAUAAUGUUCAGCAAAGUAAGAUCUACAAAAAAGUCAACAUGACCAAAAUGGUCAAUUGUCCCCUUGACAAAAUUUAUGAAAAUUGUUAAAAAUUGACAAUAAAGGGCAAUAACUCCUUAAGGGGGUAAUUGACCAUUUUGAUCCUAUGACUUUUUUGUAUUUCCCUUUAUUGUCAAUUUUUAACAAUUUUCAUCAAUUUUGUCAAUUAUUACAAAAUGAGUUAACUCCUGGGACAAGUUCAUUAUAGAUAUAGUCAGCAGCAAAAAUGUUCAGUAAAGUAAGAUCUAUAAACACAUCACCAAAACACAAUUUUGUCAUGAAUUCAUCUGUG